GUCACAAAGAGCCUGUCAACCAACCGGAAAGCAACUCUGAAAUGAAAAACAAAAGGAAAAGCGAAAGGAAGCCCAGAGGGCUUUAGAGAAGGAACGGAAGAAAGAAUAAUUGACGAGGAGGAAGGUUCAAAAUGAGCAACGCAGAUCUCAAUGAGCGAGACAGAAUCCUUCAGGAAUUCCACGCAGAAACAGUUUUCCUUUCAGGAAACAAGGAAUGGCUGGUAGAGAAGAAUUACUUUGUCGUGAAAAGCACAGUGGAGAAGAUUGUGAAGUGGGCUUAUGAAUCCAGCACUGGGUUGUACCCCUUUGACCCCAUUCCCGUGGGCAGCUACAAGGAAGGGCUGCACCUUCAAGUGGAGAACACUUCCAACGACUUUGACUUCCUCAUCCCAAUGCGGUAUAACUCCAAGUUGGCGCUCCGGAGCAGAGUCGUCCCCAGUAAUUCCUCCAGCCGUCCCACCCACCAGCUCCCUACCUACAUUUUUCGCCACAGAGGAAUCUGCAACUUUCCUGACAAAGGGCUGCCGGUCUUUUGCCAGGGCACCAAACUGUUGGUAGACAUAGAGGAUGUGGCGGAGACAGAUGUGAAGAUCUAUUGUGAUAAGCCAAAAUCACAGUUGGGGGAAGAUGAGGAAGAAGAUGAUGACCCUGAAUAUUAUAAAUUAGAAAUGUGCCAGGAGAGUCUCGGCUAUCAUAAUUUGGACCCAGAGCAAAUCCUGAAGGACUUUCAUCAAUAUGUAGGGAUUGCCUUGAAUCCAGAGUACACUCAUCCUCGACAAAACGAUCCUGUUUUCCAGCGUCGGCUGUUCCCUUCCCGAGUACCCAGUAUACAUAAUAGUAUAAGAGGGAACAUCAAAUUAGAGCCCUUGGAUUUGAGUGGUCCAGCCGUCCGGUUAGUUUUCAACGAAGGGAACGAAACUGUCCCAGUGAAGCUGGUGCCGACCAUUCGGGGGGCAAUAGAGUUCUCCAACGAAUGGAUGAGGGAAGAUCUCACCCACCUUUCUGACUGGUGGGACGGUGAUCUCAGCAAUGAAAAGAAAAGCUUCCUCCAGAAGGUACAAGCCCUUAAAGAAGUGGGGCCUGAGCUCGUCCCAAAGGAAGGAUUCUGGAGGUUAUCUUUCAGCUGUGCUGAAGAGAUGGUCCUUAAGGAAGUUGACGCCGAUGGAGGGCAGAGACGGGCAGCUUUACGACUGCUUAAGUUUGUUAACAAGACUAGGUGGACCCCGGAGUAUGGCAAACUCUUGACUUCCUACCAUCUUAAGACCGUUUUACUGUGGUGCUGUGAGAUCUAUCAUGGCAAAGAGGACUGGGAGACUCUGCUGUCCUCUCUAAAGACCCUCCUGGGGCUGCUGCAACACACCCUGGCCAAGAAACACCUCCCUCAUUACUUCCUACAGCCUCUCAAUCUCUUCAACAAACAGUACAAAACCAGCAACCACAUCCACCAGCUUUUGUCCUUGGAGGUCCUCACCCAUGAGGUUUCAGCCAUGCUGGCGGACGCCACGGCCUAUCUCGUUCCAGGCCACAAAUCAGCAGAUUGCUCGGUCAACCAAGACUAUGAGGAGAAAGCCACAGCUCUUCGAGAGUUUAAAGAAAUACAUCGGGAAGAACUGAGAGAGCUGAAGAGAAUGGAAGAUGAACGUAUGUACGAGGAAGUGGAAACCACUGAAGAAAAAUCCCUGUGAGAUCCCUUUGGGAACAAACUGCUUUAUACUGCCAUGAAAUCUGGCUUUGUUCCCAGGUCUGUGGAUAAUUAUUUUGGGAGUUUGGAGGGAAUAUGUGAUUCAGUUUAUGUCAUUUCUAGAUUAUUUUAAUCCAAGUUGUGAAUGUGAUUUUAGCAUUUAAUCUCUUCUUAUGGGUUUUUGGGAGGCGAGGGGAUUGUAUGCUGCUCAGAGUCCACUGGAGUCGGACAGCUCUAAUAGUAUGAAAUAAUGAUAAAUAAAUAAGUUUUCCUCCAUCUCAAGGAA